AUGCUUCGCCAACUACCCCAGCCGCCGUCUCCACCACUGUCGCCCUCUCAAGAUGUUGCAGUAACUCAGCUCUCCGCUUGUGACUCUAGUGCCGUGACGCCCAGCGAGCUCAAGAGAAUACAGCGCCUGCGUCCAGUCAAGAGCGAGCAGUACCUGUCUCCAGCCAAGACGACGUUCGUGGAGACGAGAGCGAAGAGGACAUCCAGACGUGAAUACAAGAAGGACCAGGCUGCCGCACACAGCGAGGAUGAACCCUCCAGCGAUCUCGCAGUAAUUGUGAUGUACUUUUCGCAAAAUCUGACAAUUCCUUCGGUGCCAUGCACCCCAUCGCAGUGGUAUUUCUGCUCGUUGUUGACAGUCAACGUCUUUGGGAUAUUUUUCGAGAACACUGGAACACAAACAAACUACAUGUACGAUGAAUUUACGAGCGGAAAGGGUAGUGACCAGAUUAACUCGAUGCUGCAACACUUUAUUCGCACGGUAGUGAUUCCGUACGGCAAAAAGCAUCUCGUUGUCUAUGCAGACAACUGCACGGGGCAAAACAAGAAUUAUCACGUGAUCAAGUUCUUCUUGGCUUUGGUACACAUGGGUGUUCUCGAGCGAGUGGACUACAAGUUCUUUGUGAAAGGUCACACGAAGAACUCUUGUGACCGUGGAUUCGGUCACAUUCGCAAGCACGUUUCUCGCCAAGUUUGUUGGUACAAACCAGUAGUGACCGAGCUCUACAAGAACCUAAUGGGCGUGCAGCAGUACCAGAUAUUCUCCAUGGUUAAAGAUCAGCCUGGAGUUGUUUUGUGCCGCAAAGGGCCAGACGAUGAAGCGACAAGGCAUGAUCUGCGGCGAAAUGUUGAUGGAGUUGCCACCGAUGACAUCAAAGUAGAUCGCAUGUUCACUCACUUUCUGGAGGACUUAAAUCCACCUCCCCUCAACAGCGAAAAGAUGCUAGAUCUGCACAACAAAACUCACCCGUAUGUGCCGGAAGGGUUCCAAGAUGAUCCCAUCUAUGCAAAGCCAAGUGAACCGCAACAGGAAGACGCUAAAGCAGCAAAACAAGCUUGCCGAGAACAUCGAGCUUCAAUGGCUGCAGCAGCGAACGCUAACCAGGACCGCCGAGACAGGGAAGUUCAGGAUGAGAGUCGCCCUACUCCCAAGAAGGCUCUCUUGGCGUCCCGCAGCACGGGAUGCUGCAAAGUCGGUCUUCUUGGCCGUAUCAACUUGCUGUGCAGUUGGAGGCUGCAUGAAGCCUUCCACUGCAUGUUGCUCGUCGGUGGGUACGGGUAA